AUGCCGUUCUGGAAGAAAGAUCCUGUUAAAAAAGAAAUUUAUACCAAUGUCGCGGAAGGUUUACGACAGGUAUAUAAAGCAAAAUUAUUGCCAUUAGAAGAAGCAUAUAGAUUUCAUGAAUUUCAUUCACCACAACUUGAUGAUAGUGAUUUUUCAGCUAAACCAAUGGUACUUCUUGUCGGACAGUAUUCCGUUGGUAAAACAACUUUUAUCCGUUAUUUAUUAAAUGAAGAUUUUCCAGGUAUUCGUAUUGGACCAGAACCAACAACUGAUUCAUUUAUUGCAAUUAUGAAUGCUGAUCGUUCCGGUACGAUUCCCGGUAAUGCCUUAGUUGUUGAUCCAUCAAAACCAUUUCGACCAUUAUCAAAAUUUGGAAAUGCUUUUUUAAAUCGUUUCGUUUGUUCACAAUUACAUAAUGAAAUUUUAGAAACUGUUACAUUUAUCGAUACACCUGGUAUAUUAGCAGGUGAAAAACAACGUGUUGAUCGUGGUUAUGAAUUUACACAUGUUCUUGAAUGGUUUGCUGAUCGUUGUGAUCGUAUAUUACUUCUAUUUGAUGUUUCAUCACUUGAUAUAUCAGAUGAAUUAAAACGUGCUAUUGAAGUUUUACGACGUAAUGAUGAUAAAAUCCGUAUUGUACUUAACAAAGCUGAUUCAGUAGAUCAUCAAGCAUUAAUGAGAGUUUAUGGAGCUUUAAUGUGGUCAUUAGGAAAAGUACUUGGAACGCCUGAAGUUUGUCGAGUUUAUGUGGGUUCAUUUUGGUCAAAACCGUUAAAUUUUGAUUCAAAUCGACGUUUAUUCGAGUUGGAAACAAAAGAUCUAUUUGAUGAUUUAGAAUAUCCAACGGAAGAUCUUCGUUUACAACAAUGUCAAAUAUGUGGACGACAAUUUAAUGCUGAAUCAUUGAAAAAGCAUCAAAGUAUCUGUAAAAAAGUAACAAAUAAAAAACGAAGAGUAUUCGAUGCUGGAAAACAACGAGCUACCGAUUCUGAUGUACCGUAUAAAGCAACUAAGCAAACAGCACAGAUAUAUAAUGGUGAAAUUGAUCCUCGAGAGAUUCAAUCAAAGUCGAAACCAAAAUCAAAUUGGAGAGAAAAGCAUACAAGAUUAAUUCAGUCUAUUCGUCAAGCUCGAACUGUUACGCAAGCUAUAGAACAAGGCGCACCAUUACCAGCUUUUAGACCAAGUGAAGUUCCAUCAGACUAUGUUGCAUGCCCUUAUUGUCGUCGUAAUUUUAAUGAACAUACUGCUAAACGACAUAUACCUUUUUGUCAAACACAACAUGAACGAAAACAAAUGCAACCACCUGCUAGACCAAAUCAACAAGUUGAUAGAGUACGAACGGUUCCUCCACAAAAUUCAUAUCCACAUAAGCAACAGUCAGCAAAUUUAGAGGCAUAUUCAAAUUCACAUGAUGCUCAUACUAAUGGUUAUAAACAGGUUAGAUCAGCUCCUAUGCGAGUACGACGAAAUCCAGCUGAACCACAGUUACCACCACAAUCACUACCACCUAAAACAUCGGGUUAUGGUUAUGGAGGUUAUCAAAAACGAUAUGGAUCGAAUUAUAAAGAAGAAUUAAUAUCUCCAGCUCAUUAUUAUGAACCUGAUGAUGAAGAUAAUUAUGAUUCACAUAUUUAUCAUCGUGCUCAACAACCUAUACUUAUGCGUACAGGACGUACUCAAGAACAUACAACUUUAAAUGUACGUGCUCGUCAACAAAAUGGUGAUCCAAGCCCGUACAUGCGUCGGAUACCACCUAUACUAACUGCUCCGGCUUCAUAUAGUCAAACACAAUAUCAUUAUGGUAAUGGUCAAAAUAAUACUUCGACGAGACCAACUGCUAUUGGACGACUACCACCACCACCACCUCCGCCAGUAUCACUGAGAAAUCGAUGCGGUGAAUGUGGUAGUGCUUUUAAAAUUGCAAGUGCUCGAUUCUGUUGUGAAUGUGGUUGUAAACGUUAA